CAAGCAACUCUCUAACUCUCUCUCUUGAUGUCAUUCAUGGAUACGCCGUCGUCCUUGGCCUCCGUCAUUAUCAUCGGCGCUGGAAUUUCUGGUAUAUCGGCGGCUAAGGUGCUCGCGGAGAACGGAGUACGAGAUGUUUUGAUUCUAGAGGCGACGGACCGAAUCGGCGGGAGGAUUCGGAAGGAGAGCUUCGGAGGCGUGUCGGUGGAGCUCGGCGCCGGUUGGAUCGCCGGCGUCGGAGGUAAAGAACCGAAUCCGGUGUGGGAACUAGCUUCACAAUUUGAUCUCCGUACAUGCUUCUCCGAUUACAGCAAUGCCCGUUACAAUAUCUAUGAUCGGAGUGGGAAAAUCAUCCCGAGUGGACUUGCUGCUGACGCGUAUAAGAAGGCUGUGGAUUCGGCGAUUCAGAAGCUGAAGAGCUUGGAGACGAACCAUGACGAUGAAAUCUGCAAAGCAAUCGAAGUACCUCCGUCACCGAAGACGCCGAUAGAACUCGCCAUUGAUUUUAUCCUACACGAUUUUGAGAUGGCAGAGGUUGAGCCAAUAUCUACGUAUGUGGACUUUGGUGAAAGAGAAUUUUUGGUUGCUGAUGAAAGAGGCUACGAACAUUUGCUGUAUAAGAUGGCUGAAGAAUUUCUAUAUACAUGUAAGGGUAAAAUAUUGGACAACCGACUCAAAUUCGACAAGGUUGUUAGGGAGGUGCAACACUCGAGGAAUGGGGUAGUGGUGAAAACAGAGGAUGGUUCCGUGUACGAAGCCAACUACUUGGUCGUGUCUGCUAGUAUUGGUGUUCUCCAAAGCAGUCUUAUUUCCUUCAAACCCUCUUUACCCAGAUGGAAAACCGAAGCAAUACAUAAAUGCGACGUGAUCGUGUACACGAAGAUCUUCCUCAAGUUUCCUCGCUGUUUUUGGCCGUGUGGCCCUGGAAAAGAGUUUUUCAUCUACGCUCAUGAACGGCGAGGCUACUACACGUUUUGGCAGCACAUGGAAAAUGCUUAUCCAGGCUCCAAUCUUCUGGUCGUAACGUUGACCAACGGAGAGUCCAAGCGUGUGGAAGCUCAGUCCGACCAAGAGACUCUCGAAGAAGCAAUGUCCGUUCUAAGAGACAUGUUUGGUUCCGACAUACCGGAUGCCACAGAUAUUCUUGUCCCAAAAUGGUGGAACAAUCCGUUCCAACGCGGCAGUUACAGCAACUACCCUAUCAUAUCCAAUAACCAGCUCGCCCAAAACAUAAAGGCACCAGUAGGAAGGAUUUUCUUCACGGGUGAGCAUACGAGCGAGAAGUUCAGCGGAUACGUACAUGGUGGAUAUCUUGCAGGAAUCGACACGAGCAGAUCGUUGUUGGAAGAGAUGAAGAAGGAGAAAGAGAGACAGAAGGAGAACCCGAGUUUUUUGUCCAAAGUCUCGAACCUCCACAAAUGCGACAUCCCGAACCAGUUUUACCUCAGCAUCCCCGAGGCAAUCUUAUGACUAAAUGAACCCGACCCCGAUCACACUUCUGACUAUCAUUAGGAGAUUUACCCGAAAAGCGACAGUACGGGAAACCAACCGUUCCCUAACCCGCUCUUGAAGAGAGAAUGACGGCCGAAACGACGUAUAACAGAUGGAAAUUCUCCACAAGCUUCUUGGAAAUUCAGCACUGCUGCGAAUGAAGGUUCAAAUGUGCAUUAUUGUUCAUUGAUUAUGAAAGAUACAAGAGUUAACAUAACUAUGUAAUGUCCAAACAUAUGAUAAUGAAAUUGAAAAAAAUCUUUUUGUUGAAAACGUUGA